AUGGAUUACCCAAAGUUUAAAGUUGCAAAACGGUCAUGUCGUGAUCGUUGGACACUGUUACGCACAAAGUACAAAAGAAGGAUGUCAGAAGAAAUCCAAGCAACUGGAAUAGAUGCUGAGGUUGGAGAACUUGAUGAGAUCAUUGAAGAUCUUAUUGGAAAAGAAGAUGCUGCUAUUGACAGUGAUUAAGAAGGAAAGAAGAAAGCUGAAGCUGAUAAAAAGGCAGCAGAAGAAAUAUGGAUUAAGGCUAUGGAAUGGUUUGGAAAAACCAGCAAAAGAGGUGGAGAGGAUGGAGAGGAAGGAGCCAAAAAGAAAAAAAGGAGAAGUGGCAGUGAUGCAGUAGAAUUUCUCAGAGAAAAAGCAAAGUUAGAACAUUCUCUGAGAGAGGAAGAGCUACAGUUAAGGAAAGAUCAACAAAGCCAAACACUGUUGAUAUUACAGCAACAACAGCAGAUGAAUCAAGCAUUGCUCACCCUCAUGGAAAAAAUGUUGCCUAAAGAGAGGAAUUAA